GUAUAGUGAAUGUUACAGCAGCGACUUUUGUUUUUACAAAAAUAAGUAAAACGGAGCAAAACGUUUGGAAAUGUGUCGUUUCAUGCACAAAUGCUUGAAACUAUCUAAGGACCGGGAAGGCUGAAGAAGGUUCCAGCGAUGGAGGUUGUCCCUCCUGCGUCUGAGUCCUUUAAGAAGAGCUUCAAGAAAAGAAACACCCUGCCCCUGGGUCAGCUUGUAGUGGAAACCAGAAAGGGAGCUGAUGUACCCAAUCACCUUGAAACCAAGAUUUAUGCCAAACUACAGAAUAAUAGCGGCAUUCAGGCCGAACCUCCUGUCAUUCAUUUUAGUGGCUUUGAAUUGGGAAAGAGUUACCAACAGACUGUGAAAUUUGUCAACAUUUCAUCAGAAGUAAUAAACAUUCAUAUCCUGCCAGCCCAGACAAAGUACUUUCAGAUCACGUAUUCUAAAAAGCACCGGCUGGUCCCUGGGCUCUCGUAUACAGUAACCAUCCAUUUCUGCCCUGAUGAGUGGCGCUACUUUUAUGAUUGUAUUCGAGUUCACUGCAAGGGAGAUGACAACCUCCUUGUUCCUAUCCAUGCUUAUCCAGUGAUCAAUGAUUUGCACUUCCCUUCACACAUCAGCCUCUCCAGCACUCCACUUGGCCAGAGCAAGAUCUAUGUCAUCCCUCUGACCUGCUGCUGCCCAAUUGACUUUGAGUUCCAGAUUUAUUGCAUUGAACCUCACAAGGCAUUUUCAGUCGAGCCACUUUCAGGAGUCAUUCCUGCCAAUGGGCAAGUGGAUAUCACUGUGACAUUUACUCCAUUUGAAUACGGCACAGCACAGACAACAUUACAACUAAUAAUCUCACAGUUCAAUUCCAAGCCUUAUGUCUGCACUUUCUCUGGAACAUCAUCUCCAUAUCUAGGUCUAAGGCAGCAGGAUAAAGAUGAAGACACAGGAUUCUCUUUUUCAAAUGAACUGUUGGACCCUCAGCGUAUUUCAAUGGUACAGUUAUCCAGGGCCAAACGAAAAUUAAAUCCAAAAUAUUCUUCACAUAAGCCCAAGGAGAUUCCACUGGAAUUGUCAAAUCCUGCCGCUGUGGCCAAAGUCCUAAUUCAGCAGCCUGGCAAGUUGCGUGCUAAAGACCUAAAAGAAGUCAAUUGCAACGGAGGAGAUACAUUUCAAACAAGACAGAUGAAAGAAGCAUCAUUUGAGCAAAAGGUCCGUCAGGAUGUACUGGAAGAGAGAGCCAAUCAACUAAGAUGGCAAGUGCAUCUUGGAAAGGAUCCAAUUUCUACAAAAGCAAAAAGACACAUUCUGGAGGAACGAGAGAUUGCAGAGCAUGAAUAUACGAUGAAAAAAGAAGGCUUCGAGAAAGAAAAAGAAUUUUGUAGAACACAGCCCCAGAUGUCAAUGAAGCGAGUUCUGCGUCGUGCAGGCCAGCUUCCUGUCUGCAUUCCUAAAUUUGAUGUCCAUUCAAACAACCCCUGGGAAGUCAGACAAAGAGCUCUAGACCGUUUUCAACAAGCAGCUCGAAAGGUCUUGAUUCUUGGCCGCAUGAAUAAAAGGCUGGUGUAUGUGAAGAAGCUGAUUGAGGACAUUAAGAGACUGUCUAUGACAACCCCAGAGGACAAGAUGUCUUGCAUUGGUGAGGAGGAAAAAAGAUCAUUCCCGCUGAAAUUUUCUCUGGACAAGUUGCAUCCCUUCACACUUCCUGUUUAUAUACCACCUAACCAGGUGGAUGAACUUGCUGCUCAUGCCCUUGGAGAAGUUCCUGUGAAGCCAGUUGAUAUCAGCAUUAAACCAGAAAUUCCAAUCUUCAAGCUAAAGGUUCCUCAGCAUUACAAACAGAUGGGAUAUCAGCCAGUUUCAGUAUUUCAUGUGUCAUCAAGCUAUUUACCCCAAACCCUGGCAAGACCACUGAGGUCAGGUGCUGAGGAUGAACUGAUCCCAGCAGUAGCCAAUUCCUUUUCUGGAAUUACAGUAGUGAAUCUAGAGGAAGAGCAAAAUACAGUUUCAGAGCAAAGAGAGUCUUCGCCAUUCACCUUCACUGCACCCUCUGCUUUAGUAAAAGCCCCUGAGUGUCACCCUCUCAAGAUUUUUAAUCCUGUUCCAGGGCUUUAUGCUUUUAAACAGCCUCUCCCCUACCUGGAGACCGACCUGGAGUUCCACCUGUGCCCAGUCCCGAGGUAUGCUGUCUCCAAGGACAGUAUGCCAGGGGUUCACAUUCCCAGCUCGCAGAAGAAAUUCCUGGACCAAACGGAUGUGAUUCGUGGUUUGAUGACCUGGAAGAAGUUCCCAUCAGCAGCGCUCAGUACUCUCUCCACCACUCCCACACUGACCAGCUCCUGGACACCCCGCAGGUCAGACCCCUUCAGCUAUGACUUGCUUCCUGUGGUGGUUCCUCCUGUUCUACAGGGCUUGCCAGAAGAGUUACAAGAAGAUGUGAUUGAUGAAGUAUCUGAAAAUACAGUUGUAAUUCUGACUCCGGAGAUGCUUAAAGCUGAAUUUCCACUGACCGAGAGCGUCCCACCAGCACACCUAAAGGAAAGAUCAGUAAGAGAUGAUAGCCCUACAAGCCAAAGCAAAACUCCAGUUCUGACAACGUUAACUGCCAGUGGACCGAUUUCCAGAGAAUUAAGAGAACAGCAGCUCGAGCAUGAUCUAAAAUCUCAGAGCAAUAAACUUGGAAUCAAAGUUCAAGCACGGCUAAGUCAAAUUAAGGCGUUGGCAAAGACUGGUUGCAGAGAUUUCAUCCAAGAUUAAACGUUUUCACAAUGUAAUAUGACACUUUAUAUCAA